CGGCUGUUGGCGCAUGCGCGUUCUCUUUCGCGCGCUGCUGCUGCCGCCGGCCUUCCUCUUUCCCUCAGGCCACGCAACUGGGGCCGAACUCCGCGCGAGUGAGUGAAGGGCAGGCGAGGCUGUGAUGCGCUUCGCGGGGCAGGGAGGAAGAGGAGGAGGAAGAAGAAGAGGAAGAGGCGAAGAGGAAGGGCCGCCGCGCUUGCCUUUCCCGCCACCGCCGCUGCCAUGGACGUGGAAGAGGCGUUCCUCCUGGUGGGCCAGAUAGGGCCCUUCCAGGUCUGGCUGUGCGUCCUACUGGCGGCGCUGCUCCAGCUCUUCGUAGCUAGUGAAGCAAUUCUCAUUGCAGUAGUGGGAGCAACACCGCCUUAUCACUGGGAUCUUCAAGGAAUGUCAGUUAAUCAAAGUCAUAAUAAUGAGUCAAUUAAUAAAGAAAGAGCUUUUGGGAAGUGGCUUCUGACAGCCAAUGAAAGUGAAGUUCAAAAACACAUACACUUUAGCAGCAAUUUUACAUCAAUAGCUUCUGAGUGGUUUUUAAUUGGCAAUACAUCAUACAAGAUCAGUGCUGCCAGUUCGUUUUUCUUCAGUGGUGUAUUUGUUGGAGUAAUAACUUUUGGUCAACUCUCUGAUCGGUUUGGACGGAAGAAAGUCUAUCUUGUAGGUUUUGGCCUUGACAUCAUCUUUGCUGCUGCUAAUGGAUUCUCUCCCUCCUAUGAGUUUUUUGCAGUCUCGCGCUUCUUGGUGGGAGUAAUGAAUGGUGGGAUGUCCCUGGUGGCUUUUGUCUUGCUGAAUGAAUGUGUGGGCACUGCUUACUGGGCUUUGGCAGGAUCAAUUGGUGGCCUGUUCUUUGCAGUGGGAAUUGCCCAGUUUGCUUUGUUAGGAUAUCUCAUUCGCUCCUGGAGAAUGCUAGCAGUUGUGGUUAACCUGGAGGGAUCAAUAGUAUUUCUCCUCUCUCUAUUCAUUCCAGAGUCACCUCGUUGGUUGUACUCACAAGGUCAACUGAAUAAAGCAGAAGAUUCCCUCUACCUCAUUGCAAAGAGGAAUCGAAAGCCAAAGUGCACUUUUUCACUUAAGCUGCCAGCUGAACGGAGCCAUAGAGUGGCUGCUAGCAUUCUUGACCUUUUCCGAUACAAGAUCCUUUUGGGACGUACACUGAUCAUGAUGUUCAUCUGGUUUGUAUGCAGCUUGGUUUAUUAUGGUCUUACUCUCAAUGUGGGUGAUUUGGGUGGCAGCCUCUAUGCUAACCUGGCUCUUUCUGGGCUAAUAGAAAUUCCUGCAUACCCCCUCUGUAUCUACUUGAUCAACCAGAAAUGGUUUGGCCGGAAGCGGACGCUUGCCACAUUUUUGUUCCUGGGUGGGCUGGCCUCUAUUGUUGUUACGUUUCUUCCGGAAAAAAAAGAUACAGGAAUCUUUGCAUUUGUGAACAGUCCCUCGUUAUCUUUACUCGGGAAACUGACAAUCAGUGCAGCAUUUAACAUUGUUUAUAUCUACACAUCUGAACUCUAUCCUACAGUGCUACGGAAUGUUGGAAUGGGAACCUGCUCUAUGUUCUCCCGAGUUGGUGGGAUCAUUGCUCCUUUUGUUCCAGCUCUGAAAUCUUUGCAGUCAUACCUGCCAUAUAUUGUUUUUGGAGUGGCAGGCUUGUUGGCUGGUUUUCUGAGUCUACUACUGCCAGAAACUCUAAAUAGCCCUCUACUGGAGACAAUAUUUGACCUCCAGGUUUGUUCAUAUCAGAGACUGGGUGAUGAAGCCACGUCACUUCAGGAAUUGAAAAGCUUACAGUGCGGCCAAGAUUCAGCUGGGAGUGAAAGUGAGGAAGAAGAAUUUUAUGAUGCUGAUGAAGAGACACAAAUGAUAAAAUGAUGGAUAAAACUCUUCUGCUAAAUAGUAAUGUCCUCUUUGAAGCAUUGUCCAACUUUAUUUAUAAACACAAAAACAGCAAUCAGUGGAGCGUAGAAAUACAAUCUCUUUGUUUAAGGCAAAAAAUAAGACUUGAUUCAAAAUGGUGGCAAUAGGGCAACUGCCACUAAGGACUUUUCAAGAAAUUGAUCAUUUUGAUUUUGUAAUAAGUAAAAAGCUACACAGAAUGGAUCCAAUGUAUGGCUAGAUAUCUUUGGUUGUAUUAAUAGGGGGUAGUUUUGUUUUGUUUGUUUGUUUGUUUUUUCAGAUAACACUUGGGUUUUAUUUUAACCUUAUAAAAUUUGUGGGGGCAUUAUUAAUUUUUUGAUGGGAACCGACAUUGUGAAUGCAGUGUAGAAUUUUCAUCUUGGAGUGAUUUGUGUUGGAUGGACCAAAUCUGAUAUUUGCACUCCUAA